ACAUACAUAUAUAGUAUAUUAUAAUAUAAUAAAAAAAUAAUAAUAAUAUGGUAAGACAUAACAGAUUCAAAAAAGGUCAAACAAACAUUUCUGAUUUAUUUUAUCUCUCUUUGUUGCUUCGUCUUCUCUUUCCUUCAUCUCUCUCUCUUCUCUUCUCUCUCUCUCUCUCUCUCUCUCUCUCUCCCCACACUUUCCUCUUCAUUUUCUUCUUUGAUUAUAACCAUCUUCUGCCACACCGAACUUAAAGAUCAAAGUUACAAUUCAACAUUCAUUCUCUCUCUCUCUCUCUCUCUCUCUCUCUCUCUCUCUGCCCUUUUGUUUCUUCCACUUUUUUUUGUUUUCUUAUUUCUUCCCAAAAGUAGAGCACCACUUGUCCACUUUCAGACACACACUACUUACACACACACACAUAUAUAUAUAAAUCCCAAGAAAGAUUUCUUCUUCUUCUUUGUUUUCACUACAUAAUAAUAAAUAAUAAUGGAGAAGGCGGAGAGCAUGUUUGGGAAUUAUUCAGGUGAAGAAGAUCAACAACAACAACAACAACAACAACAACACGAGUACAUCAGUUUCUUCAAUAGUAACAAUAACCCAACCAAUUGGGAUAACUUAACGGAUCAAAACGAUCCGUUCGAGUCCGCAUUGAGCUCAAUGGUUUCUUCUCCGACGGCGUCAAUUCCACCUAACGGCGAAAACAUUGUUCUCAGAGAACUCAUCGGCAGAUUGGGCAGCAUUUGCAAUAAUAAUUACAACAACAGUACAAACACCUCUUGCUACAGUACGCCUCUCAAUUCUCCUCCUAAACUCAACCUCUUCGCCCAACACCACCACAACAACAACAGCUUCCCUACAAACAUGGCUCCGUUUUCCACGGAUCCAGCUUUUGCUGAAAGGGCUGCCAGAUAUUCUUCUAGGGUUUCUGGAUCUAAUCCAAUUGAUUUUAAACCUGAAUUGGCUGAUUCCAGGGAGAAUUCUUCUGUUUCCGAUCAGCAGAUCCCAAUUAAUAUUAUCGCCGGCGGCGGCGGCGGUGGUGGUGGUGGUGCCGCCGUUUCUAGAAAGAGAAAAUCGAUUCCAAAGGGGAAGGGCAAAGAAACACCCCCUGCACCCAAACCUGCUGCUGCUGCUGCUGCUAAAGAUAAUGCCAAUAAUGUUGGUUCGGAGAAUAGCGAAUCGAGUGUGAAAAGAAGCAAAUCCGAAGAAGAAGAUGAUGAUAAUGAAAAGGAUGGAUCAAAAGGAAAGGAUAAUAUUAAUACAAAAGAGGCUCCAAAAGACUACAUUCAUGUGAGGGCUAGACGUGGUCAAGCUACCGAUGCCCACAGCCUCGCCGAAAGAGUUCGAAGAGAGAAGAUCAGUGAAAGGAUGAAAUUCCUGCAAGAUCUUGUACCAGGUUGCAAUAAGGUUACUGGUAAAGCUGUUAUGCUUGAUGAGAUCAUUAAUUAUGUGCAGUCUUUGCAACGACAAGUUGAGUUCCUUUCCAUGAAAUUGGCUACUGUCAAUCCAAGAAUGGAUAUCAACGUCGAAGCACUUAUGUCGUCCAAGGAUAUGUUUCAGUCUCGUAACGUAUUUCCGUCAGACGGAUAUCCCUUCCAAUCUCAGCCAAAUUCGCAUAUUAUGGAUAUUCCGAGUGCAGCCGAUAAUGUACCUUUUCAGUCUAGUAACAACUUCAAUGCCGCCUUUGCCAGAAACCAAACCAUGCAGCAACUGCCUCCUAUGGACAAUUUUACCGAAACCGCCUCUCAAGUUUCGACGUUUUGGGAGGAUGAUCUCCAUAGCGUUGUCCAGAUGGAGUUCACCCAAAACCAGUCGCAAUUUUCAUGAGAUUUAUCCGCCAAAGCUCAACGAAAUGGAAGUUUGAGCUACGAUUGUUGUUCAUUGUCAUUGUUAAUUCUAUUUAUUAAUCGAGGCCCCGAGUGAGAGUGGCCUUCUUCUGUAUAUAGUGGCAAAACAAAUUUAGUUCAAGUAAAGAUUUAUUCGGUGACCAUUUAUCCCCAAAAAAAAAAGCUAAGGAGCUUCUCCGAUCCAACCUCUGGUUCUUGUUCAUCAUCAUCGAUUUCGCAGAUGAAAUCAAGAACUCGUUGCCCCUAUAAUGGUGGAAAAGACUCUGAAAAGUCAAUUGUAACAAUUAUUUAUUUAUUUUUCUUAUUUUUCCUUUCUAAGCAAGGUAAAGAAAGAAGUUAUGUUUAAGGGUUGAUGUUAGUUUUUUUCUAUGUAUUAUUUACCUGAGGAAUAUUCAGAUUAUUUAUCACUAAUAAUUCAUUGCAAAUCUCUUA